AUGGGUCAAUUCCUAUCGCAGCCCAUCACGGAAAAACACAUCAAGACGUGCGAGUUCGACAAGGUGUCGCACGUCGUGGGCGAGAUGCAGGGCUACCGGCUGACUAUGGAGGACGCCUACUGCGAUCUGAUUGUGGAACCAGAUCGGGACUCUGGCAAAGCUGGAUACACUGUUUUCGGAGUUUUUGAUGGUCACGGUGGAGCGGAUGCCUCGAAAUAUAUAGGCGCGAGAUUGCCGCAGAUUAUAUCCGAGAGACUAGAGGCAGCUAUCAAUGGGAUUAGCCCGAGGCAGCACCCUGAGCAAGGAGCUGAAGUUUCUACCUUGACGGCAACAAUAGACACAAAUACAGAUACAGACACAUUGAUAUCGACAUCGGUGGCGUUGGAGAAAGAUGCGACGAUUUCGAGCGAAAAUUCGAAAAAGCCAGCUCUGGUUGACCAGCUAGAGCUUAUCACAAUAUUCAAAUCAGCCUUCAUGGUGUGCGACAAUGAGCUGUACAACAAGGGCAUUCGAUCAGGAUCAACAGCUGUGGUUGCUAUUAUGAUUGACGGGUAUCUUGUGGUGGCCAACGUUGGCGACUCGCGGUGUAUUUUGAGUUGCGACAAGGGUGCUCCCAAGAUGCUUUCGUUUGACCAUAAGCCCAAGAAUUUUGGCGAGCUUCUGCGCAUCAGAAACGAUGGAGGCUACGUCACUGAUAACAGAGUGAAUGGGGUGCUUGCACUGUCGCGGGCAUUUGGCGACUUCAGUUUCAAAAUGCACAACGCAAAUAACCACCACAGAAUAACGAAUACCGCUCGGUCGGGAUUGCUCAACAGAAAGGCGUUUGACUCUCUGAAUACGACAAAUCAGCCUUCGCAAUCUCAACAGCAACAACCGCUACGUGCGGCCUCACGCCAGAAACUCACUUCUCCGGAGGAAUACCAGGUGACGGUGGACCCAGAAAUAAUAUACCACAAGCUCAACUCCAGUGAUGAGUUCAUCGUGCUGGCAUGCGAUGGAAUAUGGGACUGUUACAAGACGCACAAGUUGGUGCAGUUGAUCAGAAACCAGUUGGCAUUGGGGAAGAGACUAGACGAAAUAAUCGAGCUGAUUCUGGAGAAUUGUCUGAACAUGGCUAACACCAUCACGGGUAUCGGGUUUGACAAUAUGACCAUCAUCAUAGUUGCGCUGCACGAGAACAUUGGUACUUUGGAGGAUUGGUACUUGUACAUGAAGAACAAAGUGCUGGAUGAGAAGUUUGGCAGGCAGAUAUAA